AUGGCAGCGCCCGUGCCGCCUAGAGAGGAGAGAGGAGCUGGGCAAGAUGGCGGCGUACGGAGCAGCGAAAGCCGGGCAGGAUGGCGGUGUAGGGAGGGGGCGGGACAAGAUGGCGGCGUACGGAGAGGCGGGAACGGCAAGAUGGCGGCGCCAGCGGGGCGGGACGGAGGUGGGACGGGGGCGGGACGCGUCGGGAGGCAGCGGAGGGUCUGGGGACGGCGCGGGAGUAUGGAGGGUGGUGAGCGGCUCCUCCCCAAGGGUUUCCCCAAGCUGAAGAAUGACACGUUCCUGCGAGCGGCACGUGGGGAGGAGACAGAGCACACCCCAGUGUGGUGCAUGCGGCAGGCUGGGCGCUACCUGCCCGAAUUUCGGGAGGCCCGGGCAGCACAGGAUUUCUUCGCCACUUGCCGGAGCCCCAAAUUGUGCUGUGAGCUGACACUGCAGCCACUCAGACGAUUCCCCUUGGAUGCUGCCAUCAUCUUCUCUGACAUCUUGGUGGUGCCCCAGGCACUGGGCAUGGAGGUUGUCAUGGUCCCUGGCAAAGGACCCACGUUCACAGAGCCCCUGAAGGAGGUGGAGGAUCUGCUGAAACUGCGACAGAAGGUGGAUGUGACCGCAGAGCUGGGUUAUGUCUUCCAGGCCAUAACGCUGACACGACACAGCCUAGAGGGCAGGGUACCCCUCAUCGGCUUCUCUGGGGCGCCUUGGACGCUCAUGUCCUACAUGAUUGAAGGUGGUGGCUCCACUACAAUGGCCAAGGCCAAGAGCUGGCUCUACCGGCACCCCGAGGCAAGCCACCGACUACUGCGGCUGCUGGCUGAUGUUGUCACUGACUACCUGGUGGGGCAGGUGGCUGCUGGAGCGCAGGCGCUCCAGCUAUUUGAAUCCCAUGCGGGGCACCUGGGCCCGGAGCAGUUCCAGGACUUUGCCCUGCCUUACAUCCGAGACAUUGCCCAGGGCGUCAAGAGCAAGCUGAAGGAGGCGGCGCUGCCUCUGGUGCCCAUGAUCAUCUUUGCAAAGGAUGCACACUAUGCGCUGCGUGACCUGGCCCAUGCUGGUUAUGAGGUGGUUGGUCUUGACUGGACCAUCCAGCCCCAGGAAGCUCGCGCACAGACGGGGAAAGAUGUGACCCUGCAAGGGAACCUGGAUCCCUGCGCUCUCUAUGCACCCAAGGAGAAGAUUGGUGAGCUGGUGAAGAAGAUGCUGGAGGGUUUCGGGACACAACGCUACAUUGCCAACCUGGGCCAUGGCCUCUACCCUGACAUGAGCCCUGAGCACGUCGGUGCCUUUGUGGAGGCUGUGCACGCUCAUUCCCGCCACAUCAACAAGCACAGCUGAGCCUGGGGGCUUGGGGACAGGACUCUGGUUUGGGCAUGGUCACCUCAAAUAGAGUGUUGUCACAGAGCUGGCUCCAGCCUGGGCUGCAGCAUUAAACCCGCACUUUCUCCACAGCAGCCGUGUGGCUCUGGCAAGUGGGACAGGGAAUCGGACAGCCCUGGAAGAGAGCGGCAGUGAUGGCAGCCUGGCAGUGGGGCAUGUGAGGUCAGGGGGAGCCCCUGAGCCCUGUCCUGCAGAGGUCAGAAUGGGGAGAUGGGGAUAACAGCUAAGUAGGGGGGGAUGCCUCUCCCUGCCAGGCUGCAGAGUGUUGGAUGAAGGGUGGCAAGAGAGGGUGUGAGCCCAAAGCACAGUAAGCAUUUCCUGGCACCAUGGAUAUGCUCAGCUUUGCUAGGGGAGAGGGGCUGACUGAGGCUGGCAGGGUCACAGCCUUGGAAUUGGGGAAUCACAGCCCACUGCUGCCACAGGCUUGGUGGGAGCAGUGCCACUGUCCUGCUUACAUGGGAAUAGGCAACAUGACAUCGACUCAGGGCAUCCUUUAGUGGGUGGGAGACCCAGCAGGACUCACCCAGGGGACAGCCAGCCACAUGGCAGGAG